AUGCUAAAAAAGCAGACUCUGACAUCCUCAAGUGGUGCUCUAGAUGAACUUGCAAGUUCUGUUGAUCUGGAUGUGUUUACUGAUCCAGUCUUCACUGAGAUAUGCCUGAAAGAAUGCCUGGACAAAAGUCAGCACUGCAGCUGUUCACUGUGUAAAAAGAGAUACAGUAAAAGAUCUGACCUUCAAAUGAACACGAGUCAGUUUGUGCCAAAUGUUGGCCUGAGAAAAUCUGAAGUUCUCUGUGAUAUCUGUGAUGAUGGAAAGAUGAAAGCCCUGAAGUCCUGUCUGGUGUGUCAGGCCUCUUACUGUGAGACUCACCUGGAGCCUCAUCAGAGAGUCCUGAACUUGAAGAAACACAAACUGAUGGACCCUGUGGACAAUAUAAAGGACUAUAUAUGCCAGAAACAUGAGAGACCUCUGGAGUUAUUAUGUAAAGAUGAUCAGACAUAUAUAUGUGUGUUUUGCACUGAUGGAGACCACAAAACUCACAACACUGUUCCUCUAGAGGAGGAGGGUAAAGAGAAGAAGGCACGAGUUACCAACGACACUGAACAUACUUUAAUAACAUGGUUUUAA